CUUCCUAUUCUUCACAAGUACUACCAGCCAGGAGACCUCGUCAUUCCUGGCAUUAUGUCUCAGAUCUACAUAUUCUUCAACUCAAUAGACUUCAAGAAAUGUCCUGCUCGUGACCUCUUUGAUGACAUUGUGAUCAUGACCCAGCUCUACCAACAUAUCCUGGCAUUAGUAUUUGCUGUAAAGGAGAUCAAUGUAAACCCCCAAAUCUUACCCAACCUCACCCUGGGCUUCCACAUCUAUAACAGCCAGUUCAGUCCAAGCUGGACCUAUCGUGUCUCCUUGGAACUCCUCUCUACAUAUGGCAGAUACAUCCCCAACUACAAGUGUGACCUCCAAAAUAAUCCCGUAGCAGUCAUUGGAGGCUCUAACUCUGAGGUCUGUCUCCACAUGGCAACUAUACUGAGCAUCUACAAGAUUCCACAGCUCAUCUAUGGCUCUGCUCCAGUGGGGAAAAUGAAAACUGAAGCUGCUUUCUACCACCAAAUGUUCCCAAAUAUAGACCACCAGUAUGAAGGGAUCCUCAAGUUAUUGCUACAUUUCAGGUGGACAUGGACUGGUGUGUUGACUGUGAAUGACGAGAAUGGAGACAGGUUUAUACAGAGCAUGGUUCCAAAAUUUAUCCUGAGAGGGAUCUGCUUUGAUUUCAUAGAAAGAUUUCCAACAAUUACAUAUUCUAGUGGUUUUACAGACGUGGUUACAGAUGGGCUCAAGACAUUUAAUAUUGCCAUGAGAAGUACUGUCAAUGUGUGGCUCAUUCAUGGUGAAAUUGAUGCCAUGACACUUUUGUUAGCAGUUCCUGGAAUCUCAGAAUAUGAAGACAUACCAAUGAAGGCUAAAGGGAAAGUUUGGAUCAUGACAGUGCAGAUGGAUUUCACAUCACUUCCCUUUCAAAGAGAUCAGAACAUUGACUUCCUCCAUGGUGCUCUAUCCUUCACGAUUCACUCAGAGGAGGUCUUGGGGUUCCAGGAUUUUUUUCAGACAAGAAAUCCCAUCUUGGAAAAAGAAGAUGGCUUUAUGAAGGUAUACUGGGAAGAGGCAUUUAAGUGUUAUUUCCCUGACUCUGAGGGAAAUGUGCAGGAUGGCAAUAUUUGCACUGGGGACGAGAAGCUGGAGACUCUUCCGGGGUCUAUUUUUCAAACGAGCAUGACAGGCCACAGCUACAGCAUCUACAAUGCAGUCUAUGCUGUGGCACAUGCCUUGCAUGCCGCACAUUCAUCUCAGUUCAAACACAGAGCAAUCGUGGAUGGAGGAUGGCUGACGUUUUGGAAUCAACAGGUGUGGAAGCUCAGCCACUUGGUGAGAAGUAGCAUCUUUAAUAAUAGUGCUGGGGAAGAAAUUUAUUUCAACCAAAAUGGAGAACUGGAGUCUGCAUUUGAUAUAAUGAACUGGGUGACAUUCGCAAACCAGUCUGUUCUUCGAGUAAGAGUUGGCAGGAUAGACCCACAGGCCCCCUUGGGAAAGCAGUUCACCAUUCAUGAGGAUGCAAUUGUGUGGCCCAGCAGAUUUAACCAGGCACUGCCCCUCUCUCUUUGUAAUGACAAUUGCCAUUUGGGUUAUAGUAGAACCAAGAAGGAAGGGGAGCCAUUUUGCUGCUAUGAUUGCCUUCCCUGUCCCGAAGGGAAGAUCUCAAACCAGAAAGACAUGGAUGACUGUUUGCAAUGUCCAGAGGAUCAGUAUCCAAAUCAUGCCCAGGAUUCAUGCAUUCCAAAAGUCAUAAGUUUCCUGUCUUACGAAGAAACUUUGGGGGUGACUUUGGCCACUUUGGCUCUUUCCUUUUCAUUCAUCACAGCUUUAGUGCUUGGCAUCUUCGUUAAGCACCGGGACACUCCCAUAGUCAAAGCCAACAACCGGAAUCUCACCUACACUCUCCUCAUUUUCCUCCUGCUCUCCUUCCUUUGUGCUUUGCUGUUCAUUUGCCAGCCAAAAACGCUGACGUGCCUUCUUCGACAAACUGCUUUUGGCAUUAUCUUCACAGUAGCUGUGUCUUGUGUUCUGGCCAAAACCACCAUUGUAGUUCUAGCUUUCGUGGCCACCAUGCCUGGAUCCCGAAUGAGGAAAUGGUUGGGGAAGAGACUGGCUGCUUCCAUUGUUCUUGGCUCCUGCCUGAUUCAAACCACUAUUUGUACGGUGUGGCUCUCAACCUCUACCCCAUUCCCAGAUUUCAACAUGCACUUAGUUGUUAAAGAAAUUAUACUAGAAUGUAAUGAGGGCUCAGUCGCCAUGUUUUACUGUGUCUUGGGCUUCAUGGGUUUGCUUGCCGCUCUCAGCUUCUGUGUUGCUUUCCUUGCGCGUAAGUUGCCUGAUAGUUUUAAUGAAGCCAAGUUUAUCACCUUCAGCAUGUUGGUCUUUUGCAGCGUUUGGUUGACCUUUGUCCCAACCUAUCUCAGCACAAGGGGGAAAUAUAUGGUUGCCGUGGAGAUUUUCUCCAUCUUGGCCUCCAGCGCUGGGUUACUGAUUUGUAUCUUUUCUCCAAAGCUCUAUAUCAUUGUGUUGAGACCUGAGCUGAACAACAAGGAACAGCUAAGAAGAACAAAACAAUGA